UUUGAUAACGCAUUUACACGUAAAAUUUUUACAAUCGAUAUAUGCAAACACAAUUGAUUCAGAAGCCAGGAAUAAAGGGAUUCGGCAAUAUAUUUGGAAAAAUAUCGAUAUAACUGGAGCCGUUAGGUGCUUGGUAGUCUCAAGGUAUGUGAAGCACUGCGAAUGUGCUAGAGAUCUGAUGAGGAUGUGUGACCGGACGCCUUCAGCUAGGUGUGUCCGGUAAAACUAAUGAGGUCAGUAUAAAUGUUGAGGACUUACAGACUUAUUUAUUUUAAAGACUUAUCUACAGCUACACUACUUAUUUUUCAGAUUUGUCUACCUCUACAUUCUAAUGAAAUCACAGAAACCUAUUCUAGGUGUCCCUUUGAAAAAUCUUGUGUAUCCAGAACAAGUGAAAUGUAUAUACCAUUCGAAAAUCUUCUACAAAUACAUAUUUAUCUUGCUACGUUUAUUCGACAAAAUAUCCAAGUCUCCAUACGCCAACCGCUUCUUUUGAGUAAUGCGUUGCAGGGGAUGAGAUUGUCACUAUUUAUUCAGUUGGCUCUAUUAUCCCGUUAUGCUUUUUGUGAUUAUUAUGACGUCCUUGGAGUAUCUAAAUCUGCCUCAAAUUUGGAAAUUAAGACAGCAUAUAGGAAACUAGCGAAGAAAUGGCAUCCGGAUAAGAAUCCUUCAGAUAAAGCAAACAAAAAGUUCAUUGAAAUAAAUGAAGCCUAUGAGGUACUAUCCAACUCUAAGAAACGGCAUGAGUAUGAUACCUUCGGAAAAGUCCAUUCAGAUGGGAGUGCACCUCCCCCUGGACAUUAUCCAUACCGUCACGAAUUUGUUCAUUCUUCGUUUGAAGAUCUUUUCGAUUUUUUUCCAGGGUUCAACCGUGCCCCACAAUUCUCAACCAAUGUCCUUAAUAUCGACUUUCGAAACUAUCGCCUAACCCACCUCCCACGAUCUCGAACGGUGCCUUUGUUCAUAUUUGGUUAUUCUGAUUUUUGUUUCCCUUGUCGUCAAGUUCGUCCCAUUUGGUCACAAUUAGCAGAUGAGCUUACUCCGUUGGGGAUUACUGUGGCUAGUGUCAAUUUAGAACAUGAUUCUGCACUGCGUGAAGAGCUACGUGUAUUACAUGUCCCGAGUGUGACAAUAGUUGUUGAUGGACAGGUUUCUUAUUACUCUCGAGGUGAUUUCAGUCAUAAUAGUCUUAUUGACGCAUUAAGAAGUGCAAUUAUGAAAUCAAAUCCUUCACGCUCUAAGGCGUUACCAAUAUUUCUUAGCACAACAAUCGAUACACCAUUAAUACAAAGUAUUAGUGAUUAUGAUACAUUUAUUAAUACUUUUCAUUAUGGUUGGCGUCGUGACAGUCGACCCAGAAUGGUACUUAUUAAACCAUUAACUUUACCACCGUUACGGUAUUGUGUGGCUGCUUUCAGAGCAGCAGAUCAUUUAGCUGCUGGUUAUAUUAAUUCUGAACCUGGUAACAAUCAUAAUCUGGCUAAGAAUUUCAAUGUAAAUCCAAAUGAGGAGACCUUAUUGAUAUAUCAUGAAGAUUCAAGCAUACCUGUCUAUCGUCAAUCAGCUACAAAAUUAUCACCUACUUUAUUGGAUAAUGCAAUGUUAACUUAUAGUCAAUUAAAUAUCCCUAGAAUAUAUAGUCGUGCACGACUGUUGGAUUUAUGCCCAACUGAUGGAAGUAAACCAACUAGUAAAUAUGCUUUAGAAUCAGAUAAACAUUAUAAUGAUCAUUCUAAUCAUCGUCAUUUAUGCUUAGUAUUAUUGUUAAAUUCAAAGUUAUCCAAUGUUGAACAAGUAAACAGUUGGGGUGAUAUAUGGUUAACUAUGUUACGUCAUACAUUACAAUUAUCUCAAACAGAUUUAUCAAAAUUAUAUCAUACAAAUCAACAUAGUUAUCAUUUUAUGCCUGUACAUAUUUACGUGGAUCGUCAGAUUAGUUUAAUGCAAAAAUUAAGUACAUCUUCUACAUGUUCAAAUGAAUCGUGUAAUUUACUUAAUGAAGAUAAUAUGGGCCGUUUAGCAUUAAUUUGGCGUAUCAGUUCAACUGAAACAGUUUAUCAAUUUCUUCCCACUAAUUCAAUGUCUCAUCCAAGAACUCAUUUAAAUGAAAGAAUGCUGAAACCAAAUGAUUUAAAAAGUUUAAUCCUGAAAUCUACUAAACAGAUGUAUACUGCUUUAAUGAAUGAUUUAGAAAAUAUUAUCCAGACAGUAUCUAUUAUUGACAAAGUAACUAAUCCAACAAAUCAUUUCACUCAUUCAAUUGAUAAAGUGGUAUCUCAAUGGUAUCUACUCAAAGAUUGUAUGAUUGAGGAAUUAAUGAUUGAUGAAUUAGUAGCGUCAAUAUGGAUUAGAAUGAGAAAUAGGCUGUUACAAAUUCUUGUGGAUAUUGGGCAUUCAAUGUUUGACCUUGUAAAUCAUCCUUUGUCAUUUGUUUUUUCAAGUUUUAUGAUUAUCAUCGGUUUCCUAUUAUUCAGUUUGAUAUCAACACUUGUACAAGCAACAAAAAAUGAACAACAGAAUAAAUGUACAACAGAGAAGCGUUACAACGAAACAAAUCAAGAUGUUAAUACAUCAUUCUCAUCAAACAGUAAUAUUAGUGAUAAAAAUAGUAGUAGUUGUGGUAAUAAUAGCAGUAGUAGUCAGUGUAAAUUUACUGAAGGUGUUGGGGAUGACUGGAAGAAAGUUAGAAACAGCCAAACCAAAGCGUGGCAUCACUCCUCGAAGUCACUAACUUCUAGUCUUAGCCAUGUUGUUAGAUGCAGACUACUCGGUUGGGGUCCGCGUGACUAUCGUAAUCAAUGGUUGGAGAUUGUGGGUGACAUGGCUCAGAGUCGAUCACAAUAGUGUAGGUGUAUACACUCUCUGUCUUCCGUUAAACCAUGACAUUAAAAUUGCUUUGUAUCUUUCUUUCUACCAACUAAUUCUUUCUUCCUGUACUAUAUCGUUAUAUGCAAUCUUUCUUUUAUAUAUCACCAUCUCUGAAUUAACUACUUUUAUGAAUCCAGUGUUCAUCUUGCUCUGCUAAUGAGGUAUGGCAUCUUGGACCAAUGCACAUAUGUGUUUGGUCCUACGUUGUAACUGAGUGAUUGUAUAUAUGUAAAGACUGAAUAAAAUUGUCUUUCCUUAAUUAUUAACUGCCAUUUAUAUUUAUUGAUAAGGGUUUUUGUACAGUUUUAUUGUUUAUGAAAUUGUGCAUCGCAUAAUAUACUUGGCAUAUAAAUUCUAUUAUUAUCGCUUCUGUUUUCUCCAAUGAACUAGAAGAAAACUGUACCGACCAUCAUAAUGAUCCCUCUUAAAUUUUGCAAUAAUUAGCUUCACAAAAGGUUAUAAGCGUUGUGUAAAAGCACUUGAGUAGAUACUGUUUACAUUACACAUUGAUUUUACUAAAAGAAACACAACCGAAAACCGGAAAAUUCAAUGUUAAGUUUAUAAAAUAAAAAAAAUAGUGACCCAUAAGUAUAGGUAGACAUCCAUUGUCUUCUGUUCCUUCACUAAUUCACGGAACUUCCUAUUUCCUAAAAUUUUGGUCACAAUAACUGACAGUUCAACGAGUAGUUUUAAUCCAUGACUCGUGUGGUUUUAUUAUAGAAAUACAAGAUCGCAACUUACAAAUGCUAUGAAUGUCCUCGAAACCUCCUUUUUUGUUUGAUUCUGAGCUCUGAAAUUUUGUUGUAGAUUAAAAGCCCAUAUUUUCUGUCAUUGGGAUUAUAUCUUUUGAUCAUUAAAUACAUUACCUUUUGAUAUUUUGGAGUAAUAAGACAACAAUGUUGUUAGAAAUUACUAAAAACUGUUGUAAGUAUCAAGUCUAAAGUUUUAGCUAAUAGUAAUACCAUAAAUAUUUAUUAUUUUGUAUUUAUGUCUAGGUCAUCUGCACUUACUCCUAUUGUUUCAUUAAAUCCUUCCACAUAUGACCGUCUUGUUCGUGAUGCCCCUCAAGGUUUCAGGCUUCUAGUAUUAUGUGUUCGUGGAACUACUCAAGAUAAUCGAUUACGUGAUCAGUUUGACUUCAAAACUCGUCGAGUUUGUGGAAGUCAAAUUCAACGUGCUUGUCUUUCUAUGGAUCGAUAUUCGGGUUGGCUUGCAAAAUUACUUGAAUCUAUCAGAUCUAAUUUACCAAUACAUAUUCGUUCUAAUAAAACUAUUCAAAAGAAUACGAAUGUGAAUGAUACUACUGAUGAUAAUAAUAAUAAUAGUGGAAUUUUAUUUAUUAAUCCAAUGAACUGUGUUGGAACAGUUAUCGCCGUUAAUGGUUAUCGUCGAUAUUUCAAUCUUUAUCAUCCUUUAAUUCCAGGUUCUCAAAGCAGUUCUGAUGAAAAUUCUGAAUCAGAUGAGGACAAAUCAUCAAUAGUUGAAAAACAAGGUAAACGCUUACGACGUAGACAUAUAUUUGGUCGUGCAUUCGGUUUAGAAUCAGAUGAUGAAGAAGAUUUCAAUCAAUCUAAUAUUAAUAACAAUCAUUCACAUUUAAAGUCAAGGCAUCAAAUAAAUGAUGGAGUAUUAUUUGAAAGUGAAUUAUUAGAUGGUUUAUCCAAUUGGUUAGAUCGUCUAUUUGAAGGUUCAUUACCUCGUUAUAAUGUUGCAGAAUGGCCAAUCGGUUUACUUGGAGAUGAUAAUGAUGAUGAUGACGAUUAAAUUGUAUAGGUUAUGUGUUAUAUGCCGUGAUAAAUGUUGAUGUUUUUAUUAUCAUCUAACAACAAUAAUAUGGUUUCAUUCCAUUCUAUAUCAUUUGUAAAAAUAUUCAAAUUGUUCAUCUUUUUUUCUUGAACUUUAUUUUAUAAAAUGGAGUCCCUUGGAUUUUUUUCUUUUUUGUAAUUUUAAGUAAAUCUUCAAUGUAGAUAUUUCUUCUUAGAAAGAAAUAGACAAUGUUAUGUAAUAUUUGAAGUUUUAAUGUUUAAUGAAUUGUAUUCAUCAUUGUAAUUAUCGUAUCAUUUUACCUAUCAUAUACCUAUUUAAUAAUUUGAGACUUUAUUUAAUUCACUGAAUAUAAAGCAUUAUAUAUUUCA